AUGGCACCAGCAGUCCGUCGUCCAGUCCGUAUUGGAGGAGCAAGUGGAGGCUUCACCGACAGAGUGCGCGCUAUCUCAUCCUUGGCCGCAAACGAAGAUGUCGAUGUUAUUGUAGGAGAUUGGCUGUCCGAGGUCAGUAAGAAGCCCCGAUCGCCAAUCUGACAUUUGCUAACUCCACCAGAUGACCAUGACAAUCCACGGCUCCGGCAAGCAAAGAGCACUAAAAGAUCUCUCCUCCAAAAAUCAGGCGUUUCAAGACCUCGAAUUCGAACAGCAACUCCAAACCGCCAUGUUCGCCGAGAACUUCAUGGAUUGCUUCGAGCCUGCAAUAGAUAGCUUAGCUCAGCGCGGAAUCAAAUUGGCGGUUAAUGCGGGAGCAUCUGAUACUGAAGUGCUAGCCAAAUUCGUCCAGCAGAAAGUCAAGGCCAGAGGAUACGAUUUGAAAGUCGCAUGGAUUGAGGGCGAUGAGCAAAGUGAUUUCGUUCGGAAGUUGAUCCGGGAGGGCGAGAACUUCGAGUCAUUGAUGCAUGGCCGCAAGAUCCAGGACUGGGAGCAGGAAAUAGUCUGCGCUCAAUGCUAUCUUGGUGGUCUAGGUAUAGCGGAGGCAUUGAGACAGGGCGCUGACAUCGUCAUUGCUGGUAGAGUGGCGGAUGCUGCGCCGACCAUCGGAGCCGCGACGUAAGUUAUUACCCCUACGAAAGUGACUUUGACUGAUCAUGAGCCAGUUGGUGGCAUGAAUGGGACCGUACCCAGCUUGACGAGCUCGCAGGAUCACUGGUCGCUGGUCACCUCAUAGAGUGUUCGGCCUACGUCACCGGAGGCUACAUGUCUUCUUUCAAGGACCUCCUGAAGCAGGGCAAGCACCUUAAUGUAGGAUUUCCAAUUGCCAGCGUCGACAACCGCGGGCGCUGCGUGAUCUCGAAAGAGAAGAAUACCGGAGGAUGCGUAACAGUGGACUCAGUGGAGAGUCAACUCCUCUACGAGAUUCAAGGUCCGCUUUACUACAACAGCGAUGUUGUUGCUCAGCUCGAGGGCAUCAAGAUGGAGCAGAUCGGCGAAGACGAGGUGCUCGUGAGCGGUGUUCGUGGCCUUCCGCCUCCUGAUACGACAAAAGUCGGGUAAGUCAGACGCUGAUUAGCCUCUUUUCGUUGCUGACUCUGAUAGUAUUUCGGGGUUCGCGGGCUGGCAGGCAGAGUAUCAUAUCUAUCUUGCCGGCCUUGACAUUGACGAAAAAUGCCAGUGGGCCGAGGAACAGAUUCGAGACGAACUCGGCGAAGAGCGACUCGACAAGUUCACUUGUCUGAAAUUCAUGAGAAACGGAGACUCGCCCAUUGACGCUAGGAAUCAGGACAUUGCCACCGUUGACUUCAGAAUUUUUGCGCAGUCCAAAGAUCGGGAGCUGCUAGAUAUGCGCAAUCCAGGUGGCUUUUUCCGCAUCAGCAUGGUCAACUUCCUAAUGUCGUGCCCGGGAGCGAGCCUGGGAAAUGACAUGCGGCAAGCACAGGGUAAACCGUUCUACGAGUACUGGCCGGCACUUCUGCCGCAGACGUUCGUGAACCACCGCGUACACUUGCUAUUUGAGCCGGAGUCUGGCAGCAACAAAGUCAUCGACGUUCCGCCUCCUACGGUCACUGAAAAGCAUAAACGCCAACAGCCUUCCUACGAGACAACAGAUCCAGCAAAAUUGGAGGCAUUUGGAGAGACCGUCAGGGCGCCACUCGGCUGCAUUGUACUGGGUCGCUCCGGCGACAAGACCAGCGAUUGCAACGUGGGUUUCUUCGUGAGGCCUUCGCCUAAGAACGAACUGUGGGACUGGCUACGCACCAUCUUGACCGUGGACAAGAUCAAGGAAUUAUUGGGUCCUGAGGAGGUCCACAAAUUCGGCAAACCGGAGGUGAGAAUUGAUCGAUUCGAGAUGCCAAACAUUCGCGCGGUCCACUUUCUGUUGCAUGAUCAUCUCGAUCGCGGAUACGACAGCUGCUCAACAUAUGACACGCUUGGCAAGAAUUGCUGCGAAUAUCUUAGAGCAAAGACUGUGGACGUUCCGAAGAGGUUCUUGGAGUACGCGAGGAUUUAG